GUUUUUGUUUUGAUGUUUUCGAUUUACGUGUCGGAUACGGGAAUUUGCAGCAAAAUUUAUUCUCGUUUGUUGUGAAAAGUUCCGGAUUAAUAUCGGUGUUUCGGACGUAUUUUUGAAUCCGCGGAAUAAGUGAUGUAAAGUCGUUUUGUGAUUGUGAUUUUUGUGCGAUUUUGAUAGGUGAAAGGUGAUCCUUUGCCGGUUGUAAAAUAUGUCGUGGCUCAAGUUGAACGAUAGUUUGAACAAAGUCAAGGGUCAGAUUACCAGCUUUGCCCAGGAGGUUCUGGCAGAAGGUAUUGUAGAUGAACAGGACGAAGACGGCCAGCGUAAUCCGGACCAUGAGAUUAAGGAGGCGCGGGAGAAAAUUGGCGAACUGACGGGUUUGUGCGCGACGCAAGACCAAGAGAUUGCAACACUGCGCAAACAAAUUGCGGAAUAUCAACAACAGCAACGGAAUCAGUCCAAGUCACCGAUCGAGCUUCCAUCAUCGUCUGGUUCCAAACUGGUCGAUCAGCAUGGUCCAAGCACAUCAACGGCAACGACGUCAUUAGCAGCCCAGCCCACCACAUCAUCCGCCCUCGAAGACAGCUGGUUCUGGGAUCCGGAACAGAAUGUGUCAUCCACAUCGUCUUCUUCGAAGAAGGGCGACGAGAAUGAUUCUCCUCGGUCCGGGACGGAUCUUACCACGAUUCCGCUGGAAGCCCCGGCGUCCGAGGGGGAAAUCAUCGAACGGCUACAUCGUCAGCUGGGCGAUAUCCGGCAUCAGCUGAAGAAGCAGCAGCUGGAGAAUGCUCUGCUCACCGAGAAACUCACGCAGGUCAGUAGCGAAAAUCGCGAGUUGAACGAGAACAUUGAGGAGCUUGACCGACAGCACGAGCUGGUAGUGGAAAACUUGUUGGGCGCCAAAAAGGGACUGCAGGAGAAAUGCAACAGGUUAGAGGAGGAUCUGAGGGUGAUGCACGGCGAAGCAGCUGUGACGAAAGAGUUAGAGGCACUCAAAGUCAAAUACGCAAAAUUAGAACAAAGCUAUGUUGGUUCUUGUCAGGAGAGUGUUAGAUUGAAAUCUGAAUUGGAGAGGAUUGUUGUUGCAAACGUAGAAACUGUAGCAGGGUUGGAAGGAAAACUUAAAGAGUUACAGAGCAAGUUAGAUCAGUCGGAGAAAAGAUUUCAAGAUGAACUGAUGGAAGCUCAACAGCGAGGCAAUGCCGCUGUGGCAGAAAAAAUAGAGCUAGAACAAUUCUUGGCUGCCAUGAAAGAUGACAAUCAAUAUGUUAAAAGCGAACUCGAAUCGACCAUGUCUCGAUGCGACAAACUUGAAUCAGAAAACCUCAACUUGACAGCAGAGCUAAACCAAUUCAAACAAAAAGCCGAGGAAGAAGUAUUUGUAGCACUGCAACCGAAAGAGGACCAGACAGAGAUCGAAGAGCUGCGUAGAACGCUGGAACAUCUACAAGCCGAAUCGGAGCGAUGGAAAACCGACUGCGAUCGUCUUCAGGAAGACAAUCUUGCACUUCAGAAGAUUGAAAAAGACCUGCAAACUAAACUCGACGAACAGAAGGAACUGCUUGAGCGAACAGAACAGCAGCGAAACAACGAAGAACUUGUUCAACAGCUGCAGCAGGAGGCGAGCGAUCUUCGCAACGAACUCAAGAGUGCAAUCAUCGACAAUUCCGUUCAGCUGGACGCCAAGGAGAGGGAAUGGCAGGACAAGCUGAACUUCCUGAAGGCGGAGAAUACCCGCAUUCAGCACAACAAGGACACCCUGGAGGCGGAUCUGCUGGAGUACGAGAAGGAAUGCUCCAAUCUGAUGAAGAACAACGAUGUGCUGAUAGCGGAGAUCGAAAACUUGAAGUGCAAGAAGCUGGAAACGAUCAACGAGAACGCCGAGGACAGCAUUGUGAUUCUGGAGAAGCAACUGGAAGACUGCAGCCGAUUGAACAAAAGCUUAGACGAUGAGUAUAAGGAGAUCAACAAGAAACUGGAGGAAGUGCUCGAGGAAAGAGAAGAACUGGAAAUGAAGGUGGAAAGCUGCCAGAUAACGUUAGACGAGAAAAGCAGAGCUAUCAAGGAUCUACGGUUGGCGUUGGAUACUGCUGAAGGCGAGAAGAGUAAUUUGUUGUUUGAGAUUAGUGAAAUGAAGAGUCAGGAAUUGUCUACAGAAAUUCCAGAUGAAACUGAGAAGUAUAGGUUGGAAUCGGAGAGUUUACGAGCUCAGCUGACGACUAUCAAUGAAGAUCACGCUAGUCUAGUUUUGAAAUUACAACAGCUGCAGCAGAAUUCCGUGGAAAAUGUCAAAACUUCUGAGUCUAAGAUAGCUGAAUUGCGAAAAUCACUGGAAGCAAAGGAAUCUGUAAUUGUGCAGCUACAAGCAGACUUGGAAAGGCAUCAUGAGGAAGCAAAUGCGUUGAAAACUUCCAGUGAAAGUUCAUCUCAGCAAGAAUUGCAAAUCCUGCAAGAGCGAUUGGAAGCCGAAUCGACGAAAUCAACUGGUUUGGCAGUGGCAAAAGAUGAAGUUGAGCAUCAACUGGCACAGAAAACAGAGGAACUGGACAAGCUGAAAUUGGAAUUAGAAGGACUUUCCACUUCGAGUCAGGCCAAAUACAAUGAACUGAGUCAAAUGAUAGAAAUGCUAUCCCAACAAAAGGAUAAUUUGGUUCAGUUGAUUACGACCAAACACAACGAGAACGUCCAGUACCACGCGGAGAUUCAACGUCUGAGUCAACUUUUGCAAACCGAAAUGGUCGCUAAGAAUGAAGACAAACCUCCAACGGAGUGUGCGGAAUGUCCAAUUUUGCGUGCAAAACUAGCUUCGCUCGAGGCCGAAACUAAAAAGUUGGGAGACUUUGACAAAAUGGUCGACCAAAUCCAGUUCCUGAGGGAAAAAUCCGAAAUUCUAACCAACAACCUAUUGAUUGAGCAGAACAAUCAGAAGCUGGUGCAGCAGGAGAAGCAGGAAGCGAUCGAGCAGACGAACAACCUUGCCAAGGAUCUGGACCGGCUGAGGCAGCAUCUGCUGGAGACGGAGGAAGCUCACACCCAGGAAACGGUGGAACUGCAGCAGCGCUACGAGGAAACCCAGCGGAAACUGCAAGCCCUGGAGGACGACGUGAAGAAGUCCACGAACGCGCUCACGUCGGCAAGCAUUCGAGCGAAUCAGCAUGCCGAAACACUGCAGGCGCAGUACCACCUGUUGCAGCAGCGGCGUGACGAGCUGGUGGCAAAGCUGAAUGCAGCCGACGACCGGGAACAGAAGAGUCAGGCCUCGCUGACGAAUCUGCAGUGUGCGCUGGAGCAGUUCCAAAAUAACCGCGACCGGGACAUCGAACUAGCCACGACCGCCAUCCGACAAGAGAUGGAACAAGCGCAGACCAGGGAGGCGAACCUCAAGGCAGAUAUUCGACAGUUGCAUCAACAGUUGGCCGAUGCCAAAAAUGGACUUCUGGCGGCGGCCCGCAUUUCCGAUCAACUGGAGAUUGCCCAAGUAACCGUUGCAUCGCUCAAAGAGGAAUUGGCGAAAAGCAACGAAAAGUACGAAACUCUUGAGGGUCGUCUCCGCGCCAACGAAGCGAGCCAGGCGGACAAGGUUGAAAAGUCCCUGGUUAAGAAUUUGGUAAUUGGUUACGUCGUGGCCCCUUGGAUCAGGAAAUCGAUAAGCAUCAGAUAUGAAGCGUUAUCUCAAUAAAUACUAACCACAUUGGAUCAGAGUGAAUGUAUCAAGGUCGGACUGAACCGAACCGGCGGAGGUUGGUUCAACAACAUUCUGGGCAGUGGUGGUUCUCCCGCUUCUUCAGGAGCGAGCUACAACAAGGAAAGCCUAACGGAAGCGUUUGUCAAAUUCCUGGAAAAGGAAUCUGCACCCCGCCCUGCGAACACCGCCGGUGGAGGACUCCUGAACAUCAUGGCCUCUCACCAGCCUCACUCCCAUGCUACGAGAUCCCAAACAACCACACCAACCCAGCAGCGGGCGUCCCCCACUCAAACGCCAUCGGAAGCAGAACCAAGUCAGAACAAUCCGGCAGCAUCCGGAUCGGGCGAAGGAACGGCAACGGUGACUCCCGUACAAAUCCCAGUAAAACCGAUUCUUCUCGGCGAAUCUAAUAGCCUGCUGCAGGCUACGACGACAUUUCAAGCCCCUCGCAGCUCCAGCUCGAUACUGAAGGAUAUUUUGAGCGAUUCCUGAUUCAACCUGUAGAGAGAAAAUCAGAACGUUGUGAUUGCAGUUGAUCGUCCUCUUGACGAGAACGAUUGAGGGACUCUGUCUGCACAGAUUAAGGUGGACAUUUGCCGGACGAACCAUACCCCUAUUCGGUUGUGUAAAUAAUUUGUAGGUUUGUCUGUUCUGUUUGACCUGUAUUUUAUAUCAUGUGCAAUUUUGAAAAACGCGUAAAUGUAGCGUAAAGUACCUAGAAACUUUUAUGCUUAAAGAUGGAACGUAUGAAUAUUUAAUUGUCUAUAAAUUUAAGACUGGCUAUCCAUAACGUAGAGCUUGAUGCAUACAGAUAGCAUGUGUUUAACUAUUAUAAUCAGACAAAUGUUCGCAAAUAUUUAAAA